UUAAACUCGACUGACCUACCACAAACCGUGCCUCCGCGACACUAUCUUUGAUCCGCGCAUGUUCCGACAGGGAAAAUUUAAUUCGAGGAGGCCGAUAUCGCGGUAUGCCAUGCCUUGCCGUGUAUCUAUCGCAAACAAUCAGCAUUGUUUGGUUUAGUCACAGAGUUGUUCACUUGUUAAGUGGCGACAAGUGUAUGCAAUGCAACAGAACGCGACUUAUUAGCGGCUGCGGCGGUCAACUUGUGAUUUUAAUCUGCAACAGGCCAGAAUUUUUUAUUUUUGAUAAUCGGUCAAUUUGUGCUUGUAAUCUGAAACGCACCAAUAUUUUUUUAAUUUCGGAAUCUGAAGAGCGCUGUUUCUGCAAUUUUGAAAUUUUUGGUGUUCUGUGGGUGACGUGCUGCUGAGAAGACAUUAGAAGGAAUGCUGAUGUAAAAACGACGCGCUAACAUCACGGAAACGGUAUUUUCCAGAAUUCAGGAUGAAAAAUGAUUGUGUGUUUUCUGAAAUCCACACUAGUCGUGUUAUUUCUUUUGAAAAAUGGCUGGGCAACACCAGUGUUGGAAUACGAUAAGGCGUCGAAGUAUGAAGAGUACAUCGUAGAACAUGAAAUAUCUUUAAUUGAUGCCAGAAAUUCUGUGCUGAACACCAGCUUGCAACAAAUGUUACCAUCGCCAGGUUGCCAAAAGUGCAGCUUAGAAGAGAAGAGGUAUUGUUUGGGUAUAGAUCUUAUCAACGAUCAUUGUUGCUGCGAUAGACGCCAUCAUGAGCUGUUCCCCUUCAUACCUCACACGUGUUACUUCGGCGACCAACUUUGCAGUCCUAUUGCUGGAACCUGUGAUAAUUACUACAAAUUAAGUAUUUGCUGCUGUAAAAAAUACGCUUUUUUGAAAUGGAAAGAAAAGUCGAGCUGUGCCAGUCUUCUAGUCAGUAAGGCCCUGUUAUGUAUUUCGCUAUAUAUUGUAAGUAAUUUUACUUAACUACACCUAUAACCAAAGUUACAUUGUAUAAGUAGAUGUUAGCUAUGUCGUACAAUCUCAGUAUACGGUUGUAUAUGAAUCAGAAAUGAAUAAACUACACCACACU